ACAGCAUUGCUGGCUUGUAUGGCCAGUACCCUCGCCAUAGACUAUGGGGGCUAUGGUGGUUUGCCAGGAUACUCGGCACAGCUAUAUCAUGCCUCGGCACCGCUAUAUCAUGCCCCAGCACCUGUAUAUCAUGCCCCAGCACCUGUAUAUCAUGCCCCAGCUCCUGUCUAUCAUGCCCCAGUGUAUGCCCCAGUCAAAGAGGACUACUAUGCUUACCCCAGGUACGCGUUCAACUACGGAGUGAAGGACCCUCACACGGGGGACAUCAAGCACCAAUCCGAACAAAGGGACGGUGACGUAGUCAAAGGACAGUACUCUCUGGUGGAGCCGGACGGAACUACAAGAACAGUAAACUACAGUGCAGACGCUCACAGUGGGUUCAACGCGGUGGUCACCAAAAGUGGCAAAGCGGUACACCCUGUAUCUGCCCCUAAGUACCACCCUCCUGUGUACCACGCACCUGUGUACCACCCCCCGGCGUACGUGUCACCCCACUACCCUCUGUACCACGGGUAACUUAGUCACUAGGUCAAUGGUUGUCGUCGAACAGUUGAGAAAGUCAUUGAAAUUGUGUUGGAUUUUAAGUGUUUUUGUAAGUCUCACCUUUGGUGGAUAGAACUUAGAAACUCAUCAUGUUGUCGCUAGUUUUUCAAAUUGCAAUGGACGUAGUUCAAAUGAGCCAAGAAAUGUUGUUUUAUCGAGGAUGCAUUUAUUUGAGGAAUGGAUAUCACAAUGUCGACUUCAACCAUGAUCUAAUCAAUUAGAUAUAGCCUGCCUGCCAUGUAAAUAUGUACCUGUGUUUUAUGUGUUCGUAUGUUAUAAGACCAUUUUGUAUUUCAAGACUACCUUUUGUAUUAUAUUUAUGUUGUGUUGAUGUGUUAUGAUGAAAUAAAGUUUAUUUCUUUCUUA